AUGGAACCUGGAACGGUGGAUACUGUUCUUCUGCCUUUCUAUGUUAUUAUUUUCAUAUUAGGAGUUAUUGGAAAUUCCUUAUUGAUUACAGUAGUCAGAAAACGGCGUUGCAUGCACACGACUGUUAAUCUGCUUUUGACUAACGUGGCCGUGUCGGAUGUGAUUUCUUUGCUUUUCUGUUUACCGGGCAUCGUUCUCCGCUUCUUUGAACAUCCAAGAGGAAGCCUAGGAAACUUUUUAUGCAAGUUUGUUAGCAUGCAUCUCGUUGCCGGUGUAACUUUGUUGGUCUCUGGCCUGACCUUUACUCUCAUUGCUUUUGAAAGGCAUAAUGCUCUCCUAAGACCUAUGGAUUUGCGCUUGAAAUUGACAAAACGACGAGUUCCUAUUGCGAUUUGCUUUAUCUGGGGAGUUUCAAUCGUACUUGUCAUGCCGUUAUUUGUCAAGCAGGAGUAUGCGGAAAACGUUCAAGAUUGUUUUAUAGCUUGGCCGAGUGGCAACGCUUCAAGAGUGUAUUGGUGUUUUUUAGCAUCAAUAGUCAGUAUUUCGCUGUGUAUCAUGUGCAUCUGUUAUUUAAAGAUUGUAAGAGCUCUUUAUUUGGAGAAAGUUCUUCCACCGAACGAUCAUAGCAGAGAACAAGACAUCAAAGAUAAACAAAAAAUCACUAAGCUUUUAAUAACUAUCUCUGUUUUGUUUUUGAUAUGCUUUUUGCCUUUUAUUACCGUCUCAGCCAUCCAAAUCUCAACCCAGAAGGUGUUUUAUAAGUUGUCGUAUUUACUUGUCUACGCCAGCUGCUCGGUGAACCCAGUUGUGUAUGGAUUUCAAAGUGCAAAUUACAGAUCUGGCUUAAAAGAUCUCUGGAAAGGAAUAUCGUUUCAGGAGCGAGAAAGAUCUCUUGAGUCUUGA